CUGACAUCAUGCGGUGGAAAGCAAGAAAAAUCGAAAAUUAGGAAAAAUGGUUCAAGUGUUUCAACUUCACCUGCACUUUCCCUGCAAGCAAUUUUAGUAACCUGAAGUUCUCACUCUUGCUCUGAACGUGAGUUUAAUCAUUUGUGUUUAACAUUUACCGGUACUGCAACUGUGACUAACAAACUUUACUCAUAACGCAGAUGAUGCGUUUUGGCGUCGAUGAUUUUCGGGAGAACGGCUGUAGGCAAUCUACAGCACGUGUCGGCAUAAGUGCUAUUUACAUAUUAAACGUGCAAUCGACUUAGGAUGAAGAGUGAUCAUAAUUUGAAGGAGGGAGUGGGAGUGAUUGCCUGUGUAAGAGGGAUUACGCACUAAGCUAAAGGCCAAGGACAAACUUUGUUCUGGCAUAAUUAGAAACCAUUUCUGAGACAUUUCGGAACCGACAAGAAGCAAGUGCCCGGAGAGCUACCACGGUGUGUGUGUAAAUAUAAGGGAACGCUGAAAAUUAUGGGAGCAUGUCCGUAAAUAAACCUGUGUGGAAGUCGUUGCAGAAGCAUAAACCAUCAGGAUAGAAACAACGGCAAAGAUGGCAACUUCGGACGCGAGACCGAUCCUUGAACGUCGGAUCCUCAUAAUUACAUGCUUCAUAACGCUGUUAGCUUUUAUUUUCUACAUUGUGUCGAUUACUACUGAUUAUUGGGCGAUCAUAGACACGCCAAAUGGAGUGAACACGAGUGGGAUGUUCAUCCUUGGUGCUCACCUUGGAAUAUGGCGGUUUUGCUAUUGGGAAAGCAACGUACCUACGGGCAGUUUAUUCGAAACAGAUGACAAGCUCUGCAGAUAUGUCCACUUGUUUACCUCCGCAGAAGAUGUUAUGAAAAACAGCGAAGAGGUCGACACACAGACUAUGGACAUGAAUCGAUCAGCCGCCGCAUUUUCAAUUAUAGGACUUGGGUUGAUACUGCUGGGUCACUUAUUCGCUGUAUACAGUUUGAACCAGCUCCGCUUUAUGUACAAAAGGGUAACUGGUUGCAUUCACAUUAUGUGCGCUCUCUGUAUUAUUCUAAUCAACGAAAUCAUGAUCAAUAAUGUCAUUCGUCGAGUUGACGAGCUGGCAAGGUUCGCGGAUUCGGAACUGGUGUGGGGAUACUCCAUCUACCUCUCGUGGGUAGCAUUUGCUGUCUUCUUAGCAGCUGGGAUUGUUUUCUUUCUAUGUUCGAAGAAACGGAAAGGCGAACACGCAUUCUCAGAAGAAGAAGCGCUGGAAAACGAGCCAAUUCACUUGGGGAGAAUAUGAAGAAGACGCCGUGCGAGAGACAAAGGUGAAAAUUGAUCCACUCGUCGUGCUAUUAUCAAGCAACUAUGCAUUACCCCGUAAAUGCUGCGAGGUGGUCUGUUUACCCGAAAAACUUUUACCUGAAAGUGGACUACCUGUAUGAAAGGCUGGAAGAGAAUAGAAAAUAGCCGAGAGAGACCCGACUUAUCCCAAUCUGAACUCGGGGAUUCUUUUCUAAGUGGCUUGCUGAAAUGAAGUGAAAAGAUCACUGGCGCCGUCUGCUGUACUCCCAAGGAAAAAACCUUGUGAUAACCUUUCUUCGUCGAGCGAAAGUAUCCCUCAUCAUUGGCCCCGCAAUUAACGUUUUUAUGUCUUGAACCUAAGAUUAAACAAUAUCUUAUUGAUACAGGUACCUUUUAACAGGAUUUAAAUGUAAUUUAUGCAAGAACAUAAUUAUAAUCAAAAUGAAGUUGUGUGAUACCUGCAAUCUGUGCAAAAAUUAACAUGAUAUUCUUUUUCCUAUCAUUCCCGACACACAGUGUCUUAAAACAUACUUUGUGGUUCGUUUAUUUUUCUACCAAGUAUUAGGCUAUGCAGAAACAGGAAUAUCUGCAGCUAGAGCUGCAGUGUAUAUCUUAACAGGCUCUAGUUUGACCUGAGAUUUGGCGAAGUAACGCCAUGAGGCCUGUAUCCUACAAGUCGCCUUUUAUACGGCGAAAGGACUGCCAUUGUAUGGUUAUAAGACGUGGUAAAGACAACGAUACCACGGCAAUGUUCAUUUACAUGUGCUUUAUAAAGAUUAACCCUUAAGCAAGGUAAUGUUUUAAACUACGAUGAAAGACAAUAAGAGAGACGUGGACCCAUCUCGCGAACAUGCGAUGGGCAAACGUUUAAUUAGUGAAUAGAAAUGGUUAUUGUGGGAAAAGAGUCGUUAAGAAAUAUCUAGUUUGAAGUAGAUAUUUAGUUCAAUUUUGUAAAUGUUACGGUUGCUCAAGCUGACAUUAGGAUUGUUUCGUUUGUUGUUCUUAUAAUACGUGUGCACAUUUGACAUGCUGCAGUUCUACAUAGGCCCUAUGCCCUUUUUGCAAUUUGCAAGUGUUAAGCGGUGGAGCAGUAUAGGCAUAUCAACUCACCAAUUUGGUCUUUUAGGGUGUUGACAUUGUGCUGUUAGUACAAAUAUGACAUUUUUGAAAAUGACUGUUAUACCAUAGGUAUUUUGGUGCGUUUUAGAAAACUUUCUUUUAUUAAGUCGAAAUUGCUCCGUUUUUAUAGAACACAUCUAUUCUUUACCGUUUUUCAGACCGUUCUUUCCUUUCUUGUGUGCAAUUAUUUCAGGCAUGUAUCACGUUAUACACUCUCAGCAUGUAAUAGCACCUGCGAAUUUUAAUGUCUAAAUUAUCGUUGACAAAGAGGGGAAAGGGCAAUUAUUUUUGCUUUUCUUUAAUUUCAUUUUUUAUAGCCCUAGACAUGCAAGCACGAAAUUUAUCAAUAUUCAAACACAAUGCAAAUACUAUAUUCACUUUUGAUCCUCAAACAA